AUGUUUAUGUCAUAUAUUGGUAUUCUGAUAUUGAUUAUUGUUAAUAUUCUUGGUGAAUAUAUUCAAAGUCAAGAUAAACCACCAAUAACAUCAAAAUCAACUGAAAGACCAAGAGAACCUUGUCAUGGAGAUGAUUGUCAAUCGCCUCCAAAUUUAGUUGGCCCUAUUGUUGGUUCGAUUUGUGGAAUAAUUCUAAUUGCCUUAAUUACUAUUUUCAUAAUAUGGUUUUGUUUAAGACGAAAAUAUAAAAAAAAGCAAAUAAAUCAAAUGACACCAACAAUUAAAUUCAUUGAACAACCAUCACUUUAUACUGGUGCACUAAGUACUAAUGAUAGUACAUCGAAACUCUAUGAUAUAUCGUCAUCCCAAAAUAAUUCAAUAUCUUCACAUCAUUAUGAACAAAUUCAUUACAAUCAACGUUCAUAA